AUGAAUUGGGUGACCUUGAAGCCUUACGGUGAAAAUAUACAGUUGCACAAGCAUGAUAACAAAAGUAAAGAGACGUAUGUACAAGAGGAUGCAUCUUUAUCCACCAUAGAAGCACUUGGUGGAAGUAAGACAAACCACAUACUGCCAAAAUUUGAGUCUUUUAACUUUGAAACAAGUGAUGUGAUGGAAGAAGAUCUUAUGGGUAUGGAGCCUGGUCUUGUGUUUUUUGAGGAUGGCUCUUAUUCGAGGGGUCCAGUUGACAUACAUGUUGGAGAAGUUAAUGAUUCCAACUAUUUUCUAUCCCCAACGUUCAAGUUUGAGCAAUGUUUGGUUAAAGGUUGCCACAAGAGACUGCACAUCGUUCAUACCAUAGAGUUCAGUGAUGGGGGUUCAGAUAUCCAGAUCUUGAGGGUUGCUGUUUACGAAGAGCAAUGGGUCAGUACUGCUCAUCUUGCUGACAAAAGGUAUCUUAACUUCACUCAUUCAAUUUGAAAAUGUCGAUAUGUUCCUACAACUAAUCUUGUAAUACACGUGAUCCUUGGAGGCAUUAGUGGUUCAGUUUUAACCCAU